CGGGCCGGGCCGGGGGCCAGGGCAGCAAUGUGGGCCGCCCGGGUGGCCGUGGUGCCGAGGUGGUGCCGGGGCCUGCGCAGCUCCGCAGCCCUGGGCGAAUCCCGGAACUUGCUGCGGAAAAUGCUCCGCAAGAAUAACUUCAGCUGUGGAUGGAAAGCAUUGCUCCCUGCACCCCAGCUGUGAGGAGAGCUACUUGUAUGAAAACCUGGGUGUUGUGGUGUCCUUUCAGACAGGUGGAAUAUUAAUUACACAGAGAAUCCUUAUUUCUGUGAGCUACUGAAAGAUAAGGCUGAUUUCCUUUCCUUUUCCCAAAAGAAAGAAGUACUGGUAUGACAGCCCUACCCUGGGAUCACAAAUGUUGUAUAAACCAACCAAGUUGGACUUUUUAAAGAAAAAUGACCUUACAAAAACAAGGAAAGAAGACAACGUGCGCUGCAGAGUCUUGAAUGGGCUUAUUCAUAAAGCUGUGUUAGAGAUGGCCACUACCUGUGAAGUCAGUCAAGAAUUUUAUGAUCUCAAGCUGGAAAUCUGCAAGGUGUCCCUGUCAUCCAACUUUUCAGCGUGCCGUUUGUACUGGAACCCUGCUUCCACUGUGGAGAAGGACAGUUACGUUGAAAGUGUGCUGCGAAGGAGUGCUCCACGUAUACGGUAUCUUCUGAAGAGUCAGCAGAUUGUAGGAAAUGUACCCCCAGUAGUAUUUAUAAAAGACAAAGAAGCUGCAGCUGUAAAAGAGGUGGAGGACUUACUGGCAAUUGCUGAUUUUGGACCUCCAGAAGAAGAAGAAUCAUCUCAAAAUGAUUCAAGUAAACUCUUCCCUUCAACAACUCAAUCUUCAGAUUCACCCAUGCGGCCUAAUCUGUUUGGUGUUGAUCAUGACUUGCUGAAUAAACAGAUAAUGGACUACAAAAAAAUGAAAGUGUCAAGACAUACACAAAGCUUUGUCUGGACAGAGAAGCAGCAGCAGCAGCUUUCUAAGAUUCAAAAGAAAAUGAAAAAGAAAAAAGCAAGGAAUCCUCCUGACGAUGACGACGUUAUGCCCCAGAAACACUUACUGGACAGAUACGAAGGUGAUUACUGGGAUGAUAACACUGAAUCAGCCUCAGACUAUGAGCUGCAGGAUGAAUUACAGGAAGAGGUGAAUGAAUUGGAUGUGGAUGAUGACAAAACUUUAACUCAGCCUACUGGUAAAAGGAAAUGAAGUGAAAAAGCCACUCCCUUCAAAAUGAAGGCUGUCAAUCACAAAAAAAAAAAGACUGCCAUAGCUACUGAAAGAUUAAUUUUGUACAUGUUUACCACUUCCGCAUUCAAACGAAUAGAUUUGCCACAUGUGAGCAGGUUUGCUAGCACAAAGUAUGUAAGAAAAACUGCCAUUACUGACAUCCUGUUAGGCAGCUUUCAAGCUGCUGCAGUUGAGGGACUUUCAACCAGAAAGCAGUUUUGUAAUGAUAAAAUAUACCUAUU